GUUAUCACCUUACAGGGAAAUAACCGAAUAUUAGGGAUGUCAUCAAGCAAGCCAUAGAAACGCUGAGCAACCAUGCUGUCGGUACACGCCCUCCUAUAUCUUCUUCUCUAGCCUUUGGCCGUUACAAUCUUGGAAACUUGAGGUAGUUGCGAAACGCUAAUGAAAGGUCAAAAUGUUGAUUUCAAAACAGUUCUCAGCUACGCUAUGUCGUCCUCCCAUAUGGCAUCAGGAAAUAUUACAGAAUCGAUCGACACUGACGAAGAUUUCAUCUCUACCUCAUCAGACAUAUCAGAAAUUCAAUCAAAUGAAGGAAAUACCUCAGCUACUAUAUUGAGAGAUUCGGCGGAUUUCUUGUCGAAAAUACGGUCACUUCACGAAUCAGACGUCCUUGUACUUCUAACUCCAAUUGUAGUGCCGAUCAGUCAAGACAUUACAGACACCAGUGAUCCCUUUGAGUGCUUGGGACGGGCUCUGGCCAGGAGACACGCCAAAGUCCGGCACAUCCCCUAUACACGAAGAAACGGCAUUACUUCAACGCAUCUGGGUUUCAUUAAAAGAAGCCAUGUCAUUAUACUUUGUUUCGUGGAUCAUCCGGAACAUCAAAAUCAGUUCGAAAUCGCAGAAGUCCUCUUUGCAGUCAGCGAUCACAAGCCUUGCCUCAUUAUGGUAUGCAGUGAUCAAGUAAAUAAGCAAGAUUCGAUUCCGUUCCCUACAGUCAUCUUAACGUCCGGAUACACGCCGGAAGAUAUGGAAGCCGCAGCUGCAGUAAUUUUUGGAGAGCGGGAACCCAGUCCUAACAUAGGGAUAACUAGUUCUACGUCCGGUAUGAUGGAGGCAGCUCGACCCAAGCUUUGGGCUGUUGACCAAUGGAAUGAAUCCAGAGAUGUACCAAGUGUUCUCAAGCUCUGGAGUGACAAUUUCGAUGUCCGGUUCUCCAUCGAUGUUGAGGCUUUCGUGUCCCUACUUCACCGCCCAGGUUAUGCAAAACAUUAUGUAGUGCGGGACCCAAGAACCAGCGAAGUUUUAGGUUUUUGCGCUACGUAUCUUUCAUACGUCGAUCAAGAAGGCGAAAGACUUAUCGCAUCACUAGCGAUCAUUGUGGUAGAAAAGACCUAUCGACGACAGGGAAUUGGUCUCAGUCUUCAUAAUCAUGCUAUUGGACAGUUUAGAGGCACACGAGGCGUUAUUCGUCUUCAUCUGGGGAGCAUCUUUCCAAGGCUGUUGUACGGGCCACCCCUUUCUUCAUCCCCAGAAUUGACUGCGAAUGACGAGUGGUUCCGCCGAAGAGGUUGGACACUCAACAAGGAGUUAAGAGGUCAGGGACAACGUGUGUAUGAUCUGAUUUUAGACUUUACCAAAUGGAAAUAUCAGCAAAAUCAACAGCAAGAGAGAUUUCAGUAUCGGCAGAGUGUACAAGAUGACAUGGUUGAGGUACUUCAUUUGGUCGAGGAAUCAUCUAUAAAACAAGGUAACAUGGGAUGGUUCGAUCAAUACUUUGCUCUAAUGAACGGGCCCAACGUAAAGGAUAUUAUCAUAUGUCUGGAGGGAGAUCAGAUCAUUGCAACAGCGCUCACGUACACCCCAUUUUGUGGCAGCUCCAUAUCUUCUAAUUUACCAUGGGCAGGGCGGAUUGGCCAUGAUGUUGGUGGAGUAACAUGCAUAUGUAUUUCUCCACAGAGAAAAGAGCCAAUAGGCCCAGAAUUGAUUGAUGCUUGUAUCAAGAAACUAUACCAGCAAGGUAUGAGGAGAAUGUUUUAUGACGGCGUAGCAAAUGAUGUGGACGAACUAAAACAACUAGGUUUUGAGGAGUGGGCAAAGUAUCGCGACGUUUGGAAGGACACUUAGGUAAACGGACUGGUCUACAAGGCAAGGGUAUUUAAACAUUGACUUCAUUCGUUCCUACCGAAAGUCCACUGAGGGUGCCAUAGAGACUCUCCUUCUGUAGUGACGAGGGUUUAACUUCUUUCACUCUCUCCCACCAAGCUAAAGAUAACAAGAAUAACAAGCAUAGCUCCGUCUUUGUAUUACGCAUGUUCCUCAAAAAUUCAUAUCCGACAUAUUGGGCAUGAAAAGGAUGACACUAGCAUGGACCUGCUGCAGAUUUGGAGCGUGUCAUACACAUGGAUGAUAGGAGAGAGCUUGCUUGCAUAAGCCACGGAACUAUUUACUUAAGCGAUCAAACCAGAAUUGUUACUUCGGUUGGGUUCAUACUACAGUGAGAAUGGGGAUAACACAAUGUGAACUUACAAUCCAUGGUCGUUCCAAAAUCGACGGCCAAAAAAUCUAGGUCACGUAGCACUGGUACUUGCAAUCUUUCGAUCUGAAAUUAGACUGCAUGAACGGAGGCAUCGAAACGUCGCACAAGAACUUAGAUCCUGUGUAACACGUUCGGAACGCCACGUCUACAUGAGGUCCCCACUAAAGCUGGUCGAGAAAGUGCUGUGGUAUAUCAAAUUAGCUAUCUAGGUGUGUGACCUGCCGAAAAAAGCUGUUUGCGAUACCACACCUAGAUGUACUUGAUAGCGAAAGUUAAUUGUCACACCAGCUCUAUCGCAUCUACUGCUGCCUGAUGGCUACGAUACCGUAACAAAGAGCGUUCUUCAUUUGGGCAGGUGCAUGAGAUGCGGCAUAGACUUUGUUGACCGACAUUCUACGAUCUUACCUUCUCUUCUGAAUCUUGAAUGUGGCGUA